AUGAUAAGGGCUAUCCAAGAAAAUGCAACUGACGGUAUAGGAUUGGGAAGACCGGUCACUGCGGAACCUGACUUACCAGCAAAAAUUCUCGGUGGUAAAUGCUACUCUGCUGCCGAUUCACAGCUGAAUCAAGAUGACUUCUUCCUUACUAUCAUAGCCAGUCAUGCUCAAAUGGGACAGAUGGGUAAACGUCCGUUUGCUGAAGUAAAAGAUGUUUGUGAAGGCAUUGCUGAUUUAAGUGAGCCUUAUGAAGCGAUGAACUUCAAAGAAGCUACAGUUUUGCACAUUAGCAAGCUGAAAGAGAAAGCCUGA